AUGGAGUUCCCGGAGCACGGCGCGCGGCUGCUGGGCCGCCUGCGGCAGCAGCGGGAGCAGGGCUUCCUGUGCGACUGCACCGUGCUGGUGGGCGCCGCGCGCUUCCCGGCCCACCGCGCCGUGCUGGCCGCCUGCAGCGUCUACUUCCAUCUCUUCUACAGGGACCGGCCCGCGGGCGGCCGCGACGCCGUGCGGCUCAACGGCGACGUGGUCACGGCGCCCGCCUUCGGCCGCCUGCUGGACUUCAUGUACGGGGGCCGCCUGGACCUGCGCAGCCUGCCGGUGGAGGACGUGCUGGCCGCCGCCAGCUACCUGCACAUGUACGACGUCGUCAAGGUCUGCAAGGGCAGGCUGAGGGACAGGGGCCGCGCGCUGCCCCGGGGGCCCCCCGCCGCCCGGGCAGAGCCGCUCGGGCCGCCGCCGCCGCGCACCCAGCCCGCCCGGGCCCCGGAGAAGGCCGGGCCGCCCCGCUCUGGGCUCCGCGCGCUCCCCCCGCGAGCCCCGGGGCCCCCUCCGUGGCAGGCCCCGGGAGACGCCGAGCGGGCCCUGGACCUGUCGCUGAAGCCGGGCCGCAGGCGGGAGCCAGCGCACGCACCGCGCGUCCUUCACACAGCCCCCCGCGUCCAGAUGCAACACGGCGCGCAGCCACCAGUGCGGGACUCGCGGGACUCGCCGUCGGAACGGGACGGCGGCGCCCACGGCCCCCCGCAGCCACCCUGCGCCCCUGCGGCCGAGCCGUCGGCGGGCGGCCGCGAGCCGGAGCCGGAGCCGGAGCCGGAGCCGGAGCCGGAGCCGGAGCUGGGGGCCCGCGGGGACGAGCUGGGCCCCGGCGCGCGCCCGUGCGUGUGCCCGCUGUGCGGCAAGCCGUUCCCCGGGGCCCACGUGCUGCAGCUGCACCUGAGCGCCCACUUCCGGGAGCGGGACGGCGGCCGGGCGCGCCUCUCGCCCGACGGCACGGUGCCCACCUGCCCGCUCUGCGCGAAGACCUUCUCGUGCACGUACACGCUGAAGAGGCACGAGCGGACCCACUCGGGCGAGAAGCCCUACACGUGCGCGCAGUGCGGCAAGAGCUUCCAGUACUCGCACAACCUGAGCCGCCACGCGGUGGUGCACACGCGCGAGAAGCCGCACGCCUGCCGCUGGUGCGAGCGCCGCUUCACGCAGUCGGGGGACCUCUACCGCCACGUCCGAAAAUUCCACUGUGGGCUGGUCAAGUCCCUGCUGGUGUGACUUGUGUCCGUGCGGCGCGAGGGGGUGGGGGGUGGGCUGGAAAAGGGAGGGGAGGGACCUCCCGGCUGGGACACUGGGGUGGAGCCGCGGCGGGGCUGGGGGGAGCCCCGGGGUCAGAGCUCCCAGCGGUGGAAGACCGCUGCUGCCCCUGGCGGGGACCUCAGACUGGGGGUGACUCAGGGUGGCUCGGGCAGCCCUCUUCCACGCCCGGCCCCUGCUCCCUUCCUCCGACUCACGUCUGCCCCCAGCCCGUGCCCUGAUCUUAAACACCGUCUUGCCCUCCUUCCCCCUCCGGCCAGUGUCUCCUUUGCCCGGAGCUCCGGCCCGGGCUCCUUGGCUCCAGGAGGCACGUGCGUCCCCCUCCGAGGGCUCUCCUGACCACCCGCACUGGCGCACUGGCAGAGCGUGUCCCAAAAAGGGACUGUCAGCGUGUCCCAAAGCGCGUCAGAAGCUGUCAGCGUGUCCCCAAAAGGGCACUUGGACGGAACAGGCCGCCCCGGCGGGUGGCAGUGGGAGCUUCUUCGGGAGGCCCCGGGCACAGGGAGCGCGGGCAGGGGAAAUCAGGGUUCUGCAGAACCUGCCAGAGCUGAGUGGCUCCGGGGUUCCCGGUGCCGGGGUGGGAGGUGCGUCCCCCGGAGCUCGUGAUCCCGACCACACGGGAACUCCGGCGGAGGGAGGGAAUCGGAACUUGGAAAUGAUUCUCUUUAGACGCAGAAGGCGCCUCCCUGAGGCUGCCAGCUGUCUUCCCGUGGGCGAUGGGCCGUGCUCUUCCCUGCCUGAGCACAGGGUCCAGGGUGCCUCUGCGCAUCCCUCGGGUGGGGCCGGGAAGGGCCUGGCAAGGGAGCCGCCCACCGGCGUGGCCGCAGGUUGCCCCUGGGCUGCUGUGGGCGUCGCCCUGAGGUCACUGCCUGCUCAGGGUCUCCCUGGAGCUGCCGGUCAUCUCCAGAGCCGUGAUCUGGGGGCCCGAAGCUGCUCUCUCUGAUCGGGGGGCAGUGUUUGCGGGCCUUCCCUUCCCUCCAGCGGGGCCUGGGCGAAAGCUGCCAUCGGACAGAGAGGGCACGGGGUGGGGGGGCAAGCCCCCGGUGGGCCGGGGUCACAGCCCCCACUGUCGUCCACAGCUCCUAGAAUGGGCAGACCUCUGAGUGUGCGUUUGGAGGGGGUCACCCCGCCUAGCCCGCCUACUCACUCAGCAAAUCUUGCUGCCGGAAUGUCCUCGCUGACGGCAAGGAGAGAGGCCAGAGGGAGGCCUGCCACAGCUCCCGGGGGCCCUGGAGGUGGCAGACCCCGGGACUCCGGGUUCCCACUGACUGGAGGCACUGAGGACAGAGUCCGGCCAAGUUUAAGUUAUUCUCCCGUCUCCUGGCAACACUUGAUGUCCUAUUUAUGCAUCUGUCUGGUCUGGAGUGAGAUGACCGGCGACCUUCACAGCAGGUGGACCGAAGGGGCCGUCUCCCCCCACAGGCUCCCGGCUCUCCUGGUGUGUGGGCCGCCCACCGUGCAGUGCGGGGGGGCCCCCUCCCCAUUGGUGCUUGGGGUUCAGAGGCCCUGGACUGGCUGCAGACUGAGAGAGAGCUGGGGGAAGGGGACCCCCUGCUUGUGAGUAUCCCGGAAGGGCUGGUGGCACCUCACACUCGGUGUCCUGUACCGAGUCAGGGUUCCGUGUGUGUGUGUGUGUGUGUGUGUGUCCCCAAGCCACGCCCACAGCCCAGUGGGCAGCAGGGAGACUGGGUUCUCCCCAGGGCUUUCCACGAGGAAGAAACUCACUUUCCUCCCCUGAGUUCUCAACACUGGAUUCAUCGUCUUCUGCAAAGUUACUGUGAAGUUAAUGUAGAGAGAGGUGGUGAGUUUAUUGGUUAACCAACGCAGUUCCGACGAAAUCUCUAUGUAUUUAACGCCCUGAUUGUGUGGGAACGUGUAUUAGAGGCGCGAGCAGGUGCAGUUCGAGGGGAGCCUGCCGGGUGGGGUCCUCGCGGGCUGGUCCAGCCUCCUCCUCACGGCCUCGUGCUGCUCUGCCCCUGGGGUGACGGCUCCCGGUGACCCAGAGGACAGUUGUUUGUGCUUAGCGUUUGGCGGGAGGUUUCCUCUGCACGCACCCGCCUGCCACGACAUUCUGGAAACCGGCGCCGUCUUCCUGUGUUCACAUGAUCGUCUUGAUGAUGACCGUGGUAAUAAAGUCCGCCCCAGGUGGA